AUGAACACCAACGUGUGCGUGGAGAGCGGCCCCAACCCCGAGGCGCCGGGGCUGCCCAAGGACAGCCACCUGCCCGAGGGGGCCCUCAACAGCCUUGUGGAUUACAACUCGGAGAUGGAGAGGUACCGCUCCUUCGCCACCUUCUACAAGACCAACGGCGGCGCCUUCCCCCAGGCGGCCAAGAUCGCCCGCAUCACCACCCCCAUCUUCCCCAGCGCGGCCGCCGCCGCCGCCGCCCGCAUCGGCAUGUCCCCCUGGAACUGCGACACCGCCACGGCCGCCGCCGCCACCGCCAUGCUCUGGGGCAGCGGCGGCGGCGGCGGCGCGGCGGGCGGCGCGAGGAAACCCUCCUCCUCCUCCUCCUCCGCCGCCGCCGCCGCCGCCUCCGCGGCCGCCGCCGCCGCCUCCUCGCUGCACGCCGGCAGGGGCGGCAUGCACCACCGGAGCGACUCGCAGCGGCUGGGCAAGCCCGGCUGCCCGCCGGCCGAGCAGCCCGCCCUGCCCAUGGCCAACGGCAACUUCCUCUCCACCCUCGCCCCCGAGCACUGCCGGCCGCUGGCCGGCGAGUGCAUGAACAAGCUCAAGUGCGGCGCCGCCGAAGCCGAGAUCAUGAACCUCCCCGACCGCGUCGGCACCUUCUCGGCCAUCCCGGCGCUGGGCGGCCUCUCCCUUCCCCCCGGGGUCAUCGUCAUGACGGCCCUGCACUCCCCCGCCGCGGCCUCGGCCGCCGUCACAGACAGCGCCUUCCAGAUCGCCAACCUGGCGGACUGCCCGCAGAGCCACGCCUCGGCCUCGCCCGCCUCCGCGGCCGGGGCCGGGGCGGGCAACCCCGCCAAGAAGAAGCGGAAACGCUGCGGGGUGUGCGUGCCCUGCAAGCGGCUCAUCAACUGUGGAGUCUGCAGCAGUUGCAGGAACCGCAAAACGGGACACCAGAUCUGCAAAUUUAGGAAAUGUGAAGAGCUUAAGAAAAAACCGGGCACUUCGUUAGAGAGAACACCUGUUCCCAGCGCUGAAGCAUUCCGAUGGUUCUUUUAAGCAGUAGUGUAUCUUAUUUUCGAGGCAGUCCGAAGUGAAUGGAAAGCUAAAGUCUUGUUUUAAGAAACUGCUUAGUCCACCAUUGAAGAAUAUACUCAGAUACUAUUUUCAUUUAUGUAUAGGGGUUUCCUCAAAAGCAAAAUACAAAAACCUGUGAGCCUGGGGAAUUGGCCAGCUUCUUCACAUUCAGUACACCGAUUCUUUCUUUGAUGUAACUUAGCUAUACUAGUGAAGUUGUUGUCUAUUUUUAAAGUGGCUGUAAAAAAAAAAAAGUUUGGGUAAACCCCUGCUAUAAAGUCAUGUAUCUUUGAAAAGUAACAUAUCUAUACUUCAUUUUCAAAUAUAUGUGUUUCAGUACUGUAAACUGUACAGAUAGCCGCUUGUAUUUUGUGUGUUUAGACACAAGGAGACAAUCAUGUCUGAGCAUCAGUGGAGAUAAACGGUUUGUACACAACAGUGUGGUUCUGCAAAUUGAAUCCGGAGCAAUAAAUUCUAGCUUUAACUAUUAUUUUGCUAGUUGUUUAGCAGCAGCAGCAGCAACAGCAGCACUGUUUUACCAUGCAUCCUUCCAUAGAGACUUGAUGCCAAGUUUUCCAAGAUAAAAAGAUUGUGAUGCAUCUAGCAAUUACCGUCUGUUGUGGUGUUGUGAGAGGGGAAGACGUAACACUUAAAAUUAAUCUUUCAAGCACUAUAUUAGAAUAGUGGUUUGUGCACUUGCAUUGCUUCCAAAGGAACUUUACAGAGGGGUAUCUCUCCAAAAAUGCUGUCUGGUGUCUGAUUCAUUUUUCACUGUGCCCAGCGUAGGCAAAUGUGCAAAACUAGUCAUUUAAAUAAAGGUUGUUCUAGGAUACAAACCAGAGUAUGGGACCUUAGGAAAUAUGAUGACUCUGUUUAAUUACUCUUCACCUACAAGAUCUUAUGUAACAUUUUCAGUCAAUGGAGUAAAUAUUUUAUAAAGUGGAUUGCCAUAUUUUUGGUUCUGGUGGAGCUCUUCACAGCUAAGUGAGUUUUGACAGUUGGACUGGUUUAGGUCUCACUUGCACUUGUGCUCAUUUGAGAGCCUGGAUAUUUUUGCGGUAUAAAAAAGAUUUUUUUUUUUUUAUUUUUGUGCUUUAAAAAAAAGACCACUUCUCCCCACAUGUUUCUUGGUCCACUGAUCUCGGCUUUGCUGAAUGACUGGUCCCUUAAGCCUUUAAAAAAAUGCUUUGCCAUUCUUCUUCCUGUUCUAGCUGUAUGGAAGAAAUGUCUACUCCAUGGAAAGGCUGCACACAGAGGGAUAUAGCUGACAUGCCAUAAAAAAUAAGGAGAAUUCUUUACUUAGGGGUACUUACUAUCAGUCGAUCAUCACUUUUUAUCGCUUGGCUUUGUCAUACUACUCUUGAGUGAGAAGGCCACGCCACCAAAGUAAGUGAAUGCUGUUGUGCCAUGUAUCUGAUAGAUUUAUAAUUUUAUACAAGAUAGGCCUACCAGUAGUUUCACAAACAAGGUGCUGGGCAUGGAAAUAACCAAUUAAUGUUGCACAGCACAUGUAAAUCUCCUACUGUUUCAGCACUUUCUUCGGGGUUUUGCUAAGUACUUCAGCCUUUGGCCCCUGGUCACACUUCCUUGAUGAAGCACGAGGGAUGGGUUGGGAAUGCUCCAAUGGGACUGUGCAGGUGGGGAAGACGCCAGCUUUGGCAAGUGAGGGCUGGUAGGUGUCAGGAACAGCCCAGAAAGUGAAGACCAGGGGAUGGAGGCAGAGAAACCUCCUGAAGUCGCAUGUGUGCAUCAGCAGGACCGGGCAGAGCGUGGGUGACCCAGGGUAACUGGAGGGCACCGUUGGGCUGGGCUUACACCUGCAUCCUCAGCUUAGGGUCAGUGCAUGUGUCUGUGUCCUUGCGUCGUACGACGUCACAUACAUGGCUUCGGAGGUGGAAUGUCACGCUUAAAAUGCUUCUAUCAUGGUGUCCCUCUUACAGUUUGUGAGAUCCUCAGUUUAUACUCAUCCAAUGCCCAUUCAAUGAGCUUUGUGUCUGUUUGUAGGGCAGCUGUGUUUGGAUUUUUUUGUGUUGGAGACUUUUUGGUUAGGGGCCUCUGUUACUGAUCGUUAGACCAAUAUGAGCUCUGCAAGGUCUUCUCUACCAAAGUGCUGAUUGACUUACAAACUGAAGCCUUAUUUGCACAUCUGGCUGGUAAGCUUGCCUUGCUCUUUGGAAAACUCUCAUUGUUCUUACAGAAGCAGAGGCAAAGUUAAGUUCAGGAUACAUUAGGUGUACAAAGAUACUCAUAGCAAUGUACUUACUGUCUAAUACCCUAAUGUUGCAUGUCUUGUUGUGGUUCCUUUUUUUUUGUUUUGUUGUUUUGUUUUAAAGAACUGCUGUAUCUGUAAAUUGUAAUUUUGGUGUUUUACAUGUCAAUCCAAAAUUGUUAAACACACAGACAAGCAUACCUGUUAAUUAUUGAAAAUGAACCAGAGGUAAUUUUUCUUUGAUUUACCCUUAUGGUUUUCAUUUCAGAGGUUGUUGCUUUGCACCAUCAGGUUUUUAGAUUCUGCUGAAACAGUAUUUAAUAUGAUGUAGUGUGCAUAGAGCAUUUUAAUUAGUGAUGUUUGAAGAAGGAAAUCCAUUUUCUGGCCUGUCUCUCCCCACCCCUCCCCAUUUAUAUACAUAUUUGUCAGUCGGAUUAUUGUCAAGUUCUAAUUACCAAAUUUGUGCUUUUCACAAGGUCCAAUACUGUUUUCCAGUGUGAAAAUUUGUAUUCUUCUCCGUUCUUCAUUCUCACAGUGAAAAGUAAAAAAAAAAAAAGGGUGUGGGCAAAAAAAAAUAGCAGAACUCUGUCUUCUAGGUGUGAGUGAGUGCUAAGCCUAGUGGAAGCAUUUUUGGCAUACCCCAGAUAAACUUAUGAAAAAUGGUAAGCUUGAAAGGGAGGCACACGUACCCAUUCUGUCAAUUAAUAACAGACCCUCCCUAUGAGGGAAAAUACUCCCUUUUGUACAGACCCCCUGGUAUGUAAGUCCUACAAUUAAUGUUGAAGAAUGUAAAGUCUUUAAACGGGCUAUAUCUGUAAUCAAAUAAUGAAGAAAGAAAGUAGUUAAAUGAACAUACCAUUCAGGGUCGAAUGCAUUCAGCAAAAAGCAGUAGUGGGUCUUUGAUCAUGGUUAGAUGCAUAGUGAUAUCAAACAGUGGGUUCUCAUGUAACAGCUAAAUGUUUCAGAUUUUGUUUUUAUUAAAUUUGGCAGUUUCACGCUGAGCUCUACUGUAUUCUUAGUGAACAAAAGACAGCUCCUAUGUUAGAAAGUACUCCAUUUUCACAAUUGCAGGGAACUAGGAGGGUAUUUUCAGAAACAUGGGCCACAGAAAUGUACUCCUUUCACAGUGUUCUCCUAUUUCUGAACUGUGCAGUUAUCUAUUAAAUUUUCUAAUAGAUAUUUGUGUAAGGUGUAUGUAUGCUUGUGCAAUUAUGGAAAAAAACAGUUUUGGAAAACAGUGUAUUUAUGAAAAAAUAAUCACUUAUGGGGCAUGUACAAAACUGUAUAAAAACAUUCAAUUUGCCCAGUAAAGUUGUUUUUUGUGAUAUUUCUGUGUUGUUGAAUAAAGGACUUUAGUAUUCAAAAUAUCUCUCUUUUUCCAUAAACAGGUCCUGUUUGUGGGAUCUUAAACAAAGAAAACCUCUUUUACAAAAGAACCCUCAAAAUGAGCGAGAAGGUCCAAAUGCUGACCUCAGUCUUGCGUGUGGGAAUGAAUGCUUAUGAAGUGAUGGUACAAUAGCCACAGAGCUUAUUCCUUCUCAAUUGGCAAUUGAUGGGAACCCCAUAAGUUGUAUAACUGAAGGUAACAUCGUACUCUGGAUUUUUUAAAAUAGCAGGAAAAAAAUACUGCCUUUUCUUCAACUAGGAAUGUUACUUUGAGAUUUUGAGGCUUUGAAAGGUUAGUGAAGUAAGAGCAAAGCUGAUUACAGAAAGCCUUAAACCCAUUAGUGCAGACCUGUGUUGUAUAAAAAGAGUGGACUAAUGAGGGUGGUGUGAUAAAUUAGCAGUUAGUUUUGUAUGGAGAAGCAUGCAAAGGUGAAAUCUCAUCUGUAGCUCUUGCAACAAACAGUAGUCCUGAGGGUAGAUCAGCCCAUUGCUGUUGAAGUACUUGGAAUUACAAAUAUGGUUUGUGAGAGAAUGACAACAUUAUCUUCCUUUCUGUUUUACUGCUUCUCAGUUCAAAGUUCAGCUCUCUACCUGUCUCAAAACUCAAAUACAUAGCUAAGGAAAUGUUUGACUCUUGACAUUUUGUUUCCUCAUA